CGCGAACCGCCCGGCUCCUGAAGCGUGGCUGCGCUCGGGACGCGGGGGGCCCGGCCCGCCCGGCCCACUGGUGGGGAAGGAGGCGGGCAGAUGGUCUGGUCUGGCCUGGCGGCCGAGGGGUGGGGGUGGGGGGCUCCUCCUGCCUCGGGGCGCGGGAGGCUUUGCUUCGCCAGGCUCGGCGACCGCCGGGAUGCCCGUACAGCGGCGCGGCGUAGGUGUGCGCAGCCGGGCGUGGCCCGGUCCGCGGGCGCGUCCGAGGGAGAUGCGCCGGUCGCGGUGCCUGCGGGGCGCCGGGGUUGCUGCUCGCCCCAGCCACGCCUGCUCCGCGGCCGCCCGCCAGGAUGGCACUAGGUCUGUGUCCGCAGGUGCUGUGCAGCCUGGGGGGCUGGCUCUCGCUCUACAUUUCUUUCUGCCGCCUGAAUAAGCACCGAAGCUAUGAGUGGAACUGCCGGUUGGUUACUUUCACCCAUGGAGUCCUCUCCAUAGGCCUCUCAGCUUAUAUUGGCUUCGUUGAUGGCCCCUGGCCUUUUACCCACCCAGGCUCACCCAAUACACCUCUCCAAGUGCACGUACUGUGUCUCACCUUGGGCUACUUCAUCUUCGACUUGGGCUGGUGCGUCUAUUUCCAGUCUGAGGGGGCCCUGAUGCUGGCUCACCACACCCUGAGUAUUUUGGGCAUCAUCAUGGCCCUGGUGCUCGGAGAAUCAGGCACAGAGGUCAACGCGGUCCUCUUCGGAAGUGAGAUUACCAACCCCUUGCUACAGAUGCGCUGGUUUCUCCGAGAAACAGGGCACUACCACAGUUUCACUGGAGAUGUGGUGGACUUCCUCUUUGUGGCUCUGUUUACCGGAGUGAGGAUUGGCGUCGGAGCUCGCCUCCUUUUCUGUGAAAUGGUCUCCCCCAAGCCCAAGGGGUUUGUGAAGGUUGGGGGAGUGGCGAUGUAUGCUGUUUCUUGGUGUUUCAUGUUUAGCAUCUGGCGCUUUGCGUGGAGGAAAAGCAUCAAAAAAUACCACGCCUGGAGAAGCAGGCGGAGGGAGGAACGGCAGCUGAAACGUAACGGACAUCUUAAAACGCGCUAGCCAAGGCUUCCUCCAGAUGCCGGAUCGGGUUAGUCAGCCACAGGACCCAGGUUGGAGAUAACGGCUGUUCUAGAAUCAGGCUCAUAACACACUUAGGUUUCAAGAAAGGGCUAAACGUAUCAGGCAGUGUGGUCAGUCUUUGAGUGGAGCCCAUACCAGUAUUAAAACACUCAUGUCUACCAUGGCUCAGGUGUAGAAAGUGAGACUACUCAGUGGUAGUUGUGAAUGAGUCAGAGCUGUGAGGUGGGGGUGGGCACAGCUGCCUUCCUUUUUGUUCGUGGUGUCCCCGGGUCCUCUUGUCUCUGGGAUGCUUGAUGGUUAGACCGCUCAGGAAGGAAUUUGAGAAUUUCUUCGAGAGUUGACUCCUUGAACAAACCCUUGUUCCUGCUUUCCGUGUAGCAAUUUAAAUAAAGUCACCCCAUUUACUCUAAAGUGAGGGACUUCUAGGAAGAUGCAUGUCUGGCAUUCUGAGCCUUGGAUCAGGGAAGGGGCUGUGCUUAAACAAAGGGAAAGGAUGAGAGAAGUGACCCUAAACCAACUGUCGAGGGGCCCCAAGACACCCCCAGGUUCGCUGCUUUGCUGAGGGGACUCACAUGACUCAGAAUGUAGUGCAACUCCUAGCUGUGAUCAAUUACAGUGAAAGGAUUCAAGGGAAGAGCAGUGAAGGGAAAAGGUGUUUGGGCAGAGUCCAGGGGAAACCGGGCCCGAGCUUCCAGAGUCCUCUCCCAGUGGGAUCCCUGAGGAUGCACUGAUUUCCUCUA